UUCUCUUCUCUCUCUUUCACUUUCUGUUCACGCUUUCUAAUAUCUUCUUCCGUGUGGUAGCAUCAUUGUAAUACCCAACAACACCAAGAGAAGGGAAAAGUGGGAACACACAGAAAGCCAGACCAGACCCAGAAAGAAAGAGAGAGAGAAAUACAACACCCAACUCUUGUUUCUUUCUUCCAUCUCUUCCUUCCUUCCUUUGCUGCAGCAGCCUUCACCUUUGAAGUGAGAAAACAUAGAGAGAGAAAUUUCCCAUCAUAUCAUAUCAUAUCAUUCAUUUCAUCAUAUCAUACACUAUAUAUAAACAGAUAAUCUUGCGUGAGAGAUGCAGCAGCACCUGAUGCAGAUGCAGCCCUUGAUGGCAGCCUAUUACCCCAACAACGUCACCACUGAUCACAUUCAGCAGUACCUGGAUGAGAACAAGUCCUUAAUCCUGAAGAUUGUUGAAAGCCAGAAUUCUGGCAAGCUGAGCGAGUGUGCCGAGAAUCAAGCAAGGCUACAGAGAAAUCUAAUGUACUUGGCAGCAAUAGCAGAUUCUCAGCCCCAACCACCCACCAUGCCUGGUCAGUACCCUCCUGGUGGGAUGAUGCAGCAGGGAGCACACUACAUGCAGGCUCAACAAGCUCAGCAGAUGACACCACAGCAGCUAAUGGCUGCACGCUCCUCCCAUUUGUACGCCCAGCAGCCAUACUCAGCACUUCAACAGCAGCAAGUGAUGCAUAGCCAACUGGGGGGAAGUUCAGGACUGCACAUGCUGCAAAGUGAAGGGAGCAAUGUGAAUGUGGGAUCUGGCAGUUCAACAUUAGGAGGUUCUGGAGGGUUUCCUGACUUUGUCCGCGGCUCCACCGGAGAGGGUUUGCAUGGAAGAAGCAUGCUCGGUGGAAGUGGCAAGCAGGAUAUCGGUGGCUCAGGUGAUGGCAGAGGGGGAAGCUCAGGUGAAGGAGGUGAAAGCCUUUACCUGAAGUCUGCUGAAGAUGGAAACUAGACACCCCAAAAAUGUCAAAAUUACUGCAAACUUUUGGUUAGUUAAUUAUAGUUAGGAGAAUUAGGCAAUGACACCAAGGUUAAGUAGCUAAGUGCAAAACUUGUCUGCUUAUUAUAUAAUGUUGGUUUAUGUUGUAGUAUUGCUUGAGGCAAACCAUUGCCUUGAUCUUUCUACACAAAUUAGCACAUUUUCUGCUUACAUCUGUGGUCACAUAGCAUGGUUGGUCCAUGUGAAGUUCAAAAGCUGUUGGUUUUAUC